AUUUUCUUGAAAUAAUAGAUUCCCCUAAUUGGUCUCUGCUCAAACAAUCCCUGCAGCGCCCAUAAAUUAUAUUGCUUUUUAUUCAAUUGUCCUUCCUUUUCUUUCUCAUUAUCCAUCACGGGCUACUAAAAAACAACGUCCUCUUCUGAAUAUAUGUUCUACACAAUUGUACUCUCAAAACAAGAUACCUUCUUUAUUAGUAUCAUUUCAUAAUAGUCACACGCUUCUGAGGCUCACUCACAGUCUUUGAUGGCCUCUGUUGUUGAAAACGGAGCACCUAACGUCUCUGCUUUACUCUGCUUGUUCCUCUGUUUUUCUUUGUACGUUUUGAGCUCAAGAAACCAGGUUUUAGCACAAUCAUCUCCUGUUUUCGCUUGUGACGUAAAGAGCAAUCCGUCAUUAGCGAGUUUCGGAUUCUGUAAUGUUUCUUUAGGAAUAAGUGACAGAGUUACAGACCUGGUAAAUAGACUUACAUUGCAAGAAAAAAUAGGAUUCUUGGUUAAUAGUGCAGGGAGUGUGAGUAGACUUGGAAUACCAAAGUAUGAAUGGUGGUCUGAGGCUUUACAUGGAGUUUCUUAUGUGGGUCCAGGUACCCAUUUCUCCAAUAUAGUACCUGGAGCUACCAGCUUUCCUCAGGUCAUUUUAACUGCUGCUUCCUUCAAUGCUUCUCUUUUUGAGGCCAUUGGAAAGGUGGUUUCCACUGAAGCUAGAGCAAUGUACAAUGUAGGAUUGGCAGGAUUAACAUUUUGGUCACCAAAUAUUAACAUAUUCCGCGAUCCCAGAUGGGGAAGAGGCCAGGAAACUCCAGGUGAAGACCCAUUGCUUUCAAGUAAAUAUGGAUCAUGUUAUGUUAGAGGUCUGCAACAAACAGAUAACGGUGAUUCGGAAAGGCUUAAGGUGGCUGCGUGCUGUAAACAUUAUACAGCCUACGACUUGGAUAAUUGGAAGGGAACGGAUCGUUACCAUUUCAAUGCUGUGGUAACAAAGCAAGAUUUAGAUGAUACAUUCCAACCACCAUUCAAAAGUUGUGUUAUUGAUGGAAAUGUUGCCAGUGUCAUGUGUUCGUACAAUCAGGUCAAUGGUAAGCCUACCUGCGCUGAUCCUGACCUCCUUGCUGGGAUCAUCCGAGGCGAAUGGAAAUUAAAUGGAUACAUUGUUUCUGACUGUGAUUCAGUAGACGUAAUUUAUAAUUCCCAACAUUAUACCAAAACACCAGAAGAAGCUGCAGCUAUAACUAUAUUGGCAGGGUUAGAUCUAAAUUGUGGCUCUUUCCUAGGCAAACACACAGAAGCUGCAGUGAAUGCAGGAUUAUUGAACGUGUCGGCCGUAGAUAAGGCUGUCUCAAACAAUUUUGCCACUUUGAUGAGACUUGGUUUCUUUGACGGUGACCCUAGCAAGCAACUGUAUGGAAAACUAGGUCCAAAAGAUGUAUGCACAGCAGUGAACCAGGAGCUGGCCCGUGAAGCCGCAAGACAAGGGAUAGUGUUGCUUAAGAACUCUCCAGGAUCACUUCCUCUAUCUCCUACUGCCAUCAAAACCUUGGCAGUAAUUGGACCCAAUGCCAAUGUCACAAAAACAAUGAUUGGAAAUUAUGAGGGUACCCCUUGCAAAUAUACUACCCCUUUGCAAGGACUAACAGCUUCAGUUGCAACUACAUAUCUAGCAGGCUGCUCUAAUGUUGCCUGCGCCGCAGCCCAAGUGGACGAUGCCAAGAAAUUGGCAGCAUCAGCAGAUGCCACGGUGCUUGUAAUGGGUGCUGAUCAAUCUAUUGAGGCAGAGAGUCGCGACAGAGUCGACGUUCUUCUUCCUGGACAGCAACAGCUUUUGAUAACACAAGUUGCAAAUGUAUCCAAGGGACCUGUGAUACUUGUUAUAAUGUCUGGAGGUGGCAUGGACGUAUCUUUUGCAAAAACCAAUGACAAAAUCACUAGCAUUUUGUGGGUUGGCUACCCUGGCGAAGCUGGUGGAGCUGCCAUUGCUGAUGUUAUUUUUGGGUAUUACAAUCCUAGUGGAAGAUUGCCAAUGACAUGGUAUCCACAAGCAUAUGUAGACAAAGUGCCAAUGACAAACAUGAACAUGAGACCAGAUCCUUCCAGUGGCUAUCCAGGUAGAACUUACAGGUUCUACACAGGAGAAACAGUUUAUUCAUUCGGAGAUGGGCUGAGCUAUUCUGAAUAUAAGCACCAACUAGUUCAAGCACCUCAAUUAGUAUCAAUUCCCUUGGAGGAUGACCAUGUUUGUCGAUCAUCAUCGAAAUGCAUAUCAGUAGAUGCUGGGGAACAAAAUUGUCAAGGUUUAGCUUUUAACAUAGAUCUGAAAGUUAGAAAUAUUGGAAAAGUGAGAGGAACCCAUACAGUGUUCUUGUUUUUUACACCUCCAUCAGUGCACAACUCACCACAGAAGCACUUGGUGGAUUUUGAGAAGGUUUCUUUGGAUGCGAAAACAUAUGGAAUGGUAAGUUUUAAGGUGGACGUUUGCAAGCAUUUGAGUGUUGUCGACGAAUUUGGAAGCCGGAAAGUUGCCUUAGGAGGACAUGUUCUUCAUGUAGGAAACCUCGAGCACUCUUUGACUGUUAGGAUUUGAAUCAAGUCUUCAAUUCCUUUGCAGUAUUAUGAAUUUCUUUUUUUUUUUUCUUUUAUAAUUUGAAAAAGAAAAUUUCAAAUUGCAGAGUCAAGCUUUGAAUAUAGUUGGGAGGGUUGUAACAAUUUUCUCAAUUGAUUCAUAAAAGCCUAAAUGUUCAAAUUUCGAGUUUUGAAAUUCAAUUUAAUGAAACUUAUGGUUGAAGCUUC